ACACAAACACAAACACAAACACCCUGAGAUCAAGUUGAGUAUAUUAAUUAAAAUUAAUACCAUGGAACUUCAACUUUCUUCCUUUGUUAUUCCUUUCUUUGUUUUCUUAAUGCUACGAUUUUUUGCAAAAUAUUACAUGCUAAAAAAGUUUGGUCACAAAUUACCCCCUGGUCCAAUGAAGUUACCAUUCAUUGGUAACUUGCAUCAAAUAGCAUCAUUAGGAUCACUUCCACAUCGUGCUUUCCAACAACUUGCUCAUAAAUAUGGACCUAUUAUGCACCUUAAACUUGGUCAAAUUUCUACUAUUGUCAUAACCUCUCCAAAAUUAGCAAAAGAAAUAUUAAAAACACAUGAUAUUGUUUUUGCUAAUAGACCACACCUUGAAUCAGCUCAUAUUAUGAGUUAUGGUUCUAAAGAUAUUGCAUUUUCUCCAUAUGGUGAUUAUUAUAGACAAAUGAGGAAAAUUUGUAUGUUAGAGCUUUUAAGUGCUAAAAGGGUUCAAUCAUUUUCUUAUAUUAGAGAAGAUGAGACAAAUAUAUUCAUUGAAUUAAUUAAAUCAUCAGCAGGGUCAGAAGUAAAUUUAACUAAUAGAAUAUUCUCACUUGUGAGUUCUAUUGUUUCAAGGUCAGCAUUUGGUGACAAAACAGAGGACCAAGAUGAAUUUGUUAGAGUGAUUAGAAAAACAAUAGAAUCUGUUGGAGGACUUGAACCUGCUGAUUUGUUUCCUUCAAUGAAAUAUAUAAUACAUGUGUUAACAGGUAAUAAAUCCAAAUUAGAGAAAAUGCAAAAACAGUCUGAUAAAAUAUUGGAAAUAAUUGUUGGUAAGCAUCAAGAGAAACAAAGAAGAGCAAAAGAAGGGAGUGAUGAAGAGCAAGAAGAUCUUGUUGAUGUGCUUUUGAGAGUCCAACAAAGUGGAACUCUUGAUAUCCCAAUAACAACUAGCAACAUCAAAGCUAUCAUCUUUGAUACAUUUGCUGCUGGAACUGACACAACAACAUCAACAAUAGUAUGGGCUAUGGCAGAAUUGAUGAAAAAUCCACGUGUGAUGGAGAAGUUACAAAGUGAAUUAAGAGAUGCAUGCAAAGGAAAAGAAAUAAUAACAGAAGUUGAUGUACAAGAUCUUCCUUAUUUGAAGUUAGUUAUAAAAGAGACAUUAAGACUACACUCACCUACUCCUUUAUUGCUCCCUAGAGAAUCCACUCAAUUAACCAACAUUGGUGGAUAUGAUAUUCCAAAAAAGACUAAAGUUAUGGUUAAUGUGUGGGCCAUGGCAAGAGAUCCUUACUAUUGGAAUGAUGCUGAAAUGUUUAUUCCAGAGAGAUUUGAUGCUAAUUCUAUUGAUUACAAAGGAAAUCAUUUUGAGUAUCUUCCUUUUGGAGCUGGAAGAAGAAUAUGUCCUGGCAUGUCAUUUGGUAUUGCUGGUAUUAUGCUUCCUUUGGCUUUAUUACUUUAUCACUUCGAUUGGAAACUUCCAAACCAAAUGAAACCUCAAGAUUUGGAUAUGACUGAACAUUAUGGAUUGGCAAUUGGAAGGAAAACUGACUUGUGUUUGAUUCCAAGGGUUUAUAAUUAUAGUGCUUGAUAAUAUUGUAAACCGUACUUUAAAAUAAUGUGUCAUGCAUGUCAUUUUUUAUAAUAAAAGUAUAAAGAAUAAAUGCUAAAGUGUCCCUUUUAAUAGAAUAUGUUUUGCAUCGCUAGAUGCUAGCUUUGUUGAAUCUGAAUUAAGCAAUAAUAAUAGUGGACCAUUUAUAAAAUUUUACUACAUUGUAGGUUCAUAGUAUUUUUUUCUAUGCAUGUGUAUCUUUAUAUUCGAGUAUUUGUAUUCUUUUUCACAUCUUUCAAGUAUACAUAUGUGUUGUAUUUGUGUAAAUCUAUGACAUGUUCAUAGUGUAUUAUAAAAUGAGGCUAAUCAAUAAAAGUUCAAUAUAAUGGGUGUAUUUGUAUAAA